AUGGGUGACAGUAUCGACAAUUAUAGUGGAGGAAUUGCAAUUGGGAUGUGUGGGAAAAAUUGUGUGGCGUUAGCAGCGGAUAAUCGAUAUGGUCUUCGUUAUCAAUUUGCGUCGUCAAAUUUCCAUAAAGUGUUUCAGUUGAAUGAACAUUGUUUAGUUGGUGGGUGUGGGGUCUAUGCUGAUGUUCAGACGGUAUUCGAACAAAUUAAAUACGACGCAAACCUGUACAAAUUGAGAGAAGGCCGCCCUAUCGGUCCAAGUCAAUUGGUGAACGCAACAGCACAUCUCUUAUUCAGCAAACGAUUUAACCCAUAUUACAUGUCACCUAUCAUCAUCGGGUUCGAUGACAAUGGAAAGACUUACUGCUCUUCUUAUGAUUACAUCGGCGCACCAGGUGACUACAGAUUCGCGGCUGUAGGAACGGGGUGUAAUGAGGCAAUGGGUGUCUGCGACUCAUUUUAUAAGGAAGAUAUGGAGCCAGAGGAAUUGGUCGAAACAAUCGGACAAUGCUUGCUGGCUGGAGAAAACAGAGACGCGUUCUCGGGAUGGGGCGUUGAGCUCCCAAUCAACCUUCUCGAAAACGCACAAGGGAAAACAAUUGUUCUUGAACUUAAAAACGGAAACAAAUACACGGGAACACUCGAAAAGUGCGACAGAAUGAUGAACCUUCACGUAAAAGACUCGGUUCUCAUACAGCCAGACGGCAAGAAGUUUAAAGUUGCGAAGAUCAUCGUGAAGGGAAUGGCCGUGCGGUGUUUUGCGGUCGACGGCGAGCUGUUGAAAAAGAGUGACAAAUGA